AUGGCUACCAAGACGUUGGAAGCUCGUUUUGAGCAUCUUUCUGUGAAAGAUGAGAAUGAUUCUAGCGGAAAUGGCAGCUAUAGUUUAAAACAGAAGGGCUCCCAUUCUACAGCCACGUCCCUAUCAGGCCUUGGGUCCACUGCGCAGCUGAACAAUAGCUCAAAUAGGCCAAAUCUACUGAAACUCGCAUUGCAAAACACCAAUGAUAACAGGAUCAAUGCAACAAAUUCGUCUCCUGUCAAGCGCAACGCCGAUGAAAAUGAAGAACAGUCUCACGAGCAGUCUUCGCCAAAGAAACUACACCUUGGAAUGUUCGAGAUUGGAAAGCCCUUGGGAAAGGGGAAAUUUGGCCGAGUCUAUCUUGCCAAGGAGCGAUCUUCCGGGUUCGUUUGUGCACUCAAGGUCCUUCACAAAUCCGAGUUGCAACAAGGAGGGGUGCAGAAACAAGUUAGGCGAGAGAUCGAGAUCCAGAGCAACCUUCGUCACCCGAACGUCCUGAGGCUCUAUGGACAUUUCCACGAUAGCAAGCGAAUUUUCCUGAUACUGGAAUUCGCAGGCCGAGGCGAAUUGUACAAACACCUUCGAAAGGAACACCGUUUUCCUGAGUGGAAGGCUGCACAUUACGUUGCCCAGAUGGCCGCAGCGCUCAAAUAUCUUCACAAGAAGCAUGUUAUGCACCGUGAUAUCAAGCCAGAAAACAUAUUAGUUGGAAUUCACGGUGAAAUCAAGAUCAGCGACUUCGGCUGGAGUGUCCACGCGCCGAACAACAGGCGGCAAACCAUGUGUGGCACGUUGGAUUAUCUGCCUCCGGAAAUGCUUAAGCCAGGCUCUCAAGACAACUACUACAACGAAAAGGUCGACCUAUGGAGCUUGGGUGUGUUGACAUAUGAAUUCCUUGUCGGAGAGGCACCGUUUGAGGACACCCCAGUCAUGACACAAAGGCGGAUUGCAAGAGCAGAUAUGAAUGUUCCUUCCUUCGUGAGCCCUGAGGCGAGAGAUUUGAUCAAGCGACUUCUCGUGCUUGACCCUGAAAAGCGAAUCACGCUUGAUGAAAUCCAACGACAUCCCUGGAUCGUCAAACACUGUAUAAAGGACGAUGGAGUUACGAAACGGAGUUCUGGUUCUUCGUCAAAGGAUGGUAAAGCAUGA